CGAAUAAGUGAUGGUGUGCCCACUGUGAGAUAAGAACAGGCAGGCCCCCUGCCUGACUGUCGGUGGGAGGUCAAGCACCAGCGGACUCCUCGACUCAAGCCAGCAGCAAACAUCAUGCGAACUUCCCCUGCCAUCUGGCUAGCAGCAUGCCUGCUCCAAGCCAACCUUGUCUUCUCCGACCUAGUCGGCUUCGGCCUUCACCCUUUCAAAAUCUACUGCGCCUCCGCAUGCCAGUGGGCACUCCAAGCUUAUCCCCUAGAAUGCUCUGAAAAGAUCCCAAAGGGCUUCCUCGGUUGGGCAACCACGAGCUCAGAGUGCAAAGCCAAUGACACAGCCUGGCUCACCACGCUGGCCUGGUGUCUGCAUGUCAAGUGUAGAGCCCAUCGCAUGUCGGAAUUGCAAGCGUUCUGGGAGACUGAUGCUACACGCGAUAUGACGAAUUUUGGCAACACGGGUACGCCGGUACCGCCUAAGUGGUCAUACGAGGAAUCCUUGCAGCAAAUCACUGAGCCACCGAGGAAAAUGCCAGUGGAUACCACGACGGUGCUCAACUUUACCGCCUUGGUUCCGGAGAUCGAGUAUCAAGCCCAGUUGAAUACCGCUUUGGGUGUGACGAAAGAGCAGGAGACAGGCGCGGAAUAUGGAGUCAUCAUCCUCGUCACUGGCUUCGGCAUACCCAUCAUCCUGACCUGGCUCUACCACCUCCCCUUUACCUCUGGCCUCUUGUCCAAGAUCACUCCAUACUUGACCCAACCCAGCAGCAUCGGCACUUAUUCCGUUCGCUCCUUGCCAUUCCUCCUCGGCAAUGCCCCAACCAUUGGCCAAGCAGCAUACAUCGCCGUCUUCUUCAUCAUCAACAUAGUCCUCAUGUCAGUCAACUACCAGUCCAUGCAACCACACCUCUACUACCCCGGCGAGAGUAUGGAGAUCAAAGCGUACAUCUUUUACCGCACAGGAAUAGCAGCUUAUGCUCUCCUCCCCCUUCUCAUCCUGUUCGCGUCAAGGAACAACGUUUUGUUGCUUUGGUUGACGAACUGGUCUCACGCUACGUAUCUGCUUCUUCAUCGCUGGGUGGCAAGACUGUUUGUCCUCCAUGCUUUGGUGCACAGUUUCCUGGCACUACCAAUCUUCCUGCCACAGCAAGCAGUGGUUGACUCUGACUAUUGGGCUUGGGGCGUUGCGGCUACAGUUCUUUGUGUUGCCAUUCUCUUUGCGAGUGUUCUGCCUCUGAGGAGAUGGUCGUAUGAGAUAUUCUUAGUGACGCACGUUGUCUUGUCGGUUAUUCUCGUUGUUGGGCUUUGGUAUCACGUUGUUCUUUGGAUUGGGCUGGACUCCUACGGCUAUGAGACCUGGAUUUAUGCCGCCUGUGCAGUUUGGUUCUUUGACAGAGCAGCGAGAGUAGGGAAGGUGUUGAAAAACGGGGUUCGCAGAAGCAAGGUGACUGACUUGGGGAAUGGGUACAUCCGGGUUGACAUACCCCGAGCGUCGUUUGCCAAUGAUGGGCCUGGGCUGCAUGUUUACGCUUAUUUUCCCACUUUGAGUCUCUGGCGGCCGUGGGAGAACCACCCGUUUUCAAUCGUUCCAACAAGCCUGAUGUCCCGGGUUGAAAGGCAACGGCCAGAGCAAUCAAGCGGCAGCAGCAGUCCGACAGCGAAAGAGUCAGGUGUUCACAUCAACGUUCACGAUGUUGAGAAACACCACGGCUUUAAGGAUACCGCGUCUGCGUCUCUGGAAACGGGUAUCACCCUGCUCAUCAAGAAGUCCAUGGGGAUUACCAAGCACCUGAAGGCCACCGAUGGGCUUUUGACUCUCAUGGAUGGCCCGUAUCAUAAUACUUCUACCAGGGAGAUUCGCCAUUGCGAUAGGCUGCUUCUCAUUGGAGGUGGGAUUGGCAUCACCAGUCUGCUUCCGUGGAUUGCCAGCCAUCCGAACAUCAAAUUAUUUUGGAGUGUCAAAGAAUCGGCGAGGUGUCUGGUCGAGGAAGUUCAAGGUGUGUUGAGCGAGAUCGAGAAAGAUGUCCGAAUCGGAAGGAGACUGGACAUUUCUCGGCUGUUAGAGCAAGAAGCCGAAGUUGGAUACUGCAACAUCGGCGUUGUGGUCUCUGGACCGGGUGGGCUCUGUGAUGAUGUCAGGGCAGCUGUGGCAGCGGUUGGAAAGAAAGGGUCCACGUGUUUUGAGCUUGACGUGGACGCGUAUUCGUGGUAGUUGUACUGACGCAUCUCAGAAUUUACGUAGCUAUCUAGCUAUUUAUUGCGACACCUGUG